CUCAUUCUUCACUCUCACUCACUCUUCUUAUCUAUAAAAACGACAUUCUCCUCUCAACACCGUACUCUCUCUCUCUAAAUUUCUUCUGUAGCUGGGCUGCUGGAAGAUGAGAACUCCUUUAUGCAUGCUUCUAGGUUUUCUUGUGAUACAGUGCUUCGCGCAUGCGGCGGAGCACAAUGGAGCUUCAGUUCUUGAGCCGGAGAGUGUGAAAUUGGACACAGGUGGGCUGAGCAGAGCCAGCUUCCGCAAGGGUUUUGUGUUCGGAACGGCGACGUCCGCUUACCAAGUCGAAGGCAUGGCCAACAAGGAGGGUCGAGGGCCCAGCAUUUGGGAUGCUUUUGUUAAAAUUCCCGGAAUUAUUGCAAAUAAUGGUACAGCAGAUGUUGCUGUGGACCAGUAUCACCGAUACAAAGACGAUAUUGAUCUCAUGGCAAGCCUAAAUUUCGAUGCCUAUCGAUUCUCAAUAUCAUGGUCCAGAAUUUUUCCAAAUGGCACUGGGAAUGUAAAUUGGAAAGGAGUUGCAUACUACAAUCGGUUAAUUAACUACUUGCUCAAAAGAGGCAUUACUCCAUAUGCAAAUUUAUAUCAUUAUGAUCUUCCCCUAGCUCUUGAGAAGAAGUACUUGGGAUUGCUGAGUGACAAAGUAGUGAAAGAUUUUGCUGAUUAUGCAGACUUUUGUUUCAAGACGUUUGGAGACAGAGUGAAGAACUGGAUGACCUUCAAUGAGCCUAGAGUGAUUGCUGCUCUUGGAUAUGAUAACGGAUUCCAUGCUCCAGGACGAUGCUCCAAAGCAUUUGGAAAUUGCACGGCUGGAAAUUCAGCAACCGAGCCUUAUAUUGCUGCUCAUCAUUUGAUUUUGUCACACGGAGCUGCCGUUCAGAGAUAUCGCGAAAAGUAUCAGAAAAUACAAAAAGGAAGGAUUGGCAUUCUCUUGGAUUUUGUUUGGUAUGAGCCUCUUACAAGAUCAAAGGCUGACAACCUUGCAGCUCAAAGGGCCAGAGACUUUCAUGUCGGAUGGUUCAUCCACCCGAUUGUUUAUGGAGAGUAUCCAAAAACAGUCCAAGAAAUUGUUGGUGACAGGCUGCCAAAGUUCACCAAAGAGGAGGUUAAGAUGGUGAAGGGUUCAAUGGAUUAUGUUGGAAUCAACCAAUAUACUACUUACUACAUGUAUCACCCAAAACCAUCAAAAUCAAAUGAUUUGGGGUACCAGCAGGAUUGGAAUGCAGGAUUUGCUUAUGCAAAGAAUGGAGUGCCUAUUGGUCCUAGGGCAUAUUCUUAUUGGCUGUACCAAGUGCCAUGGGGUUUGUACAAAGCUGUUAUGUACAUAAAAGAGCGAUAUGGAAAUCCACCAGUGAUUUUAUCUGAAAAUGGAAUGGACGACCCUGGCAAUGUGACACUUGCGGAGGGAUUGCGUGACACGACAAGGGCCAACUUCUACAGGAGUUACAUAACUCAACUGAAGAAGGCAGCAGAUGACGGAGCCAAUGUGAUGGGCUACUUUGCUUGGUCGUUGCUCGAUAACUUUGAAUGGAGGCUGGGAUACACUUCCAGAUUUGGCAUUGUCUACGUAGACUUCAAAACCCUCAAGAGAUACCCAAAGAUGUCCGCCUACUGGUUCAAGAAGCUACUUACUGGAAACAAGCACUAGCUUGCUUCUAGUCCAAGUUUGGAGAAUAAAAAUGUAACCUUUUGAGUUCUCUGUAGCUGUAACCUCCAUUUCGAUCAAGAAACCUAGCAAGUAUUUUGGUA